GUAUCAUUACCUGCAUGCACGGUUGCUUAGUCAUGCGCCCCAUGUGACGCAUAUACGAGAGAAACCUGUAGCUCGACUUGCAGAAUUAGACAUACAGUGCGAUCAGAGAGUGCUGAGCUCUUGCAAAUCGCUGCUUAUAUUUGGUUCAGUUACAGCGGGAUGAUGGGUGAUCAGACCCAGCACCCGGUUUUCUUUGAGUGUGAGAGUCUUAAAGAAGGACAUCUGACGAGAUUACAAAAAUACUUCGGUAUUCACCGCAAAUCAGGCGGAGGAGAGUGCGGACCAGUGACGAGAGUGGACAAGAACGUCUACAGUGUGGUUUUCCGAAAUAAAAGAGAUCAGCAGCGAGUCCUUCAGAGAUCAGAGCAUGUUUUGGAUCUUGAAGAUCGUCGUUUGGUGAUCUUUGUCCGAGAAACUCUGGAAAAUGACACCUCUCACCUCACCACCCCCACUUCUGCUCCAGCAGAGCCUCCUGAGAACAUUCCUGCCUCGUCUCUUCCACCAAGUGAUGAAGAGUAUGAACUACAUGUUGAUAAUUAUCUCCUUCGUUACCUGAAAGAAUGUCCUGAUGCUCAGCAAGAACUUGAGAACAUGCUUGGCUGUUUAGCCUGCUCUGCUGAUCUUUACUGUGAGGAGGGGAGGGUUUUAGUGAGGAGGCGAGCUCAACCUGGUGCUGCAGAUGAAGUUAGUGAUUGGAAAGCUGAGGUAGACGCUUUCUUUGGUGGCUACUUGUGCCAUUAUGAGGUAAACCCUGACAAAGUUGAAGCUUUGGUUCAGUCCAGCAGCUCUUGUCAGACUGCAGGUGAGGUGAAGGUGUACACAGAUGAGUCUGGGAAGGCUGUUGUUGUUGGAGAACUGUCUCUGGUUCAUGCCAGGUUGGUAGACAUUGAGGAACCUUCAAGUUUACGUGACAAUAUGGCAUCUCUGAGUUUAAGUGAGGAAAGCACAACCAUUGCUAGCUACAGCCUUUGUGAUGGGCUCCAGGUGUUUGUGUGUCAGGGUGACAUCACCAAGCAACACGCUGAUGCUCUGGUAAAUGCAGCCAAUCAGGACUUGGAGCACUCUGCAGGUGUUGCUGCUGCACUGAGUCGAGCUGGUGGUCCUGAAAUACAGAGAGAGAGUGAUGAAUUAGUGAAGUGUUUUGGGAAAAUUCCCAUAGGAGAAACAGUAGUGACCACAGGGGGUAACUUAAAGUGCAAGAAACUGCUUCAUGCAGUUGUGCCUGUAGGUGGAAAAGCAAGUAAGAGAGAUAAGAUGUUACUGGAAAAAACUGUGCAUUCUGCUUUAAAGUUUUCAGAAAUAAUGGAGUUUCAGUCCAUAGCCAUUCCUUGUAUCAGCUCAGGUGUCUGUGGGGUUCCUCUCACUGUGUGCACUGAGGCAACUGUUGCUGCUGUGAAGGACUUUGGCAGUGUGGGAGGUCGAAGUCUGAGGAAAAUCAUCCUGAUUGAUAACAGAGAGGAGGCGGUGAGGGCCAUGCAGGAAGCAUGUGACAGGCUUCUCCAAGGGAUAGAUACACCUGAUGAAGAUACAGCAAGAGGAGCCACUGCCAGAGCUCCUGGAGGCAGAGUCCACAUGGAGGUUAUUCAGGGAUCGAUCGAGAGCCAGCAGGUGAGAAACGUUGCUGAUAAGAUAGAUCACACCAACACAAUAAAACACAUUUUCUAAGCCCACAAAAUCUCC